GGAAGUGCUUUGUGUGACUGUGAGCCAUCAGACCGGAAGUCCACGUCAGUCAGACGCGUUUAAAGCUCCGACUGUAGUUUUAGUUGAACUGUGGAAGUUUGAACUAGAGUUUGAAUACUUUUUAAAGCAGUUUGUAUCUAAAGCUGUUGUUCAGAUGGCGGACGAGGCCACGCGCAGGGCGGCGUCGCAGGUGCCACUCCUGAAGACGCACGCCGGGCCGCGGGACCGCGCACUGUGGCCCGCGCGCCUGAAGGAGGAAUACCAGGCACUGAUUGGCUCCGUGGAGGCGAACAAGAAGUCAGACAGCGACUGGUACCGCCUCGAGAGCAACGCGGACGGCACGCGCUGGAGCGGCAGCUGCUGGUUCAUCCACGAGCUGCUCCGGUACGACUUCCGCCUGGAGUUCGAGAUCCCGGUCACUUACCCGGUCACCGCACCGGAAGUAGCUAUCCCGGAGCUGGACGGCAAGACCGCGAAGAUGUUCCGCGGCGGGAAGAUCUGCCUCACGGAGCACUUCGCGCCGCUUUGGGCUCGCAACGCGCCGCGCUUCGGGCUCGCGCACCUGAUGACGCUGGGCCUCGCGCCCUGGCUCGCGGUGGAAAUACCGGACCUGAUCAGCAAAGGGCUCGUGGUGCACAGGGAGCGGCAGGGUGACGCGGCAGAGUGAUGAGGGAGCGGCAGGGUGACGCGGCAGCGGCAGAGUGACGCGGCAGCGGCAGGAUGACGUCACAGGCUAAUAAACACCUGGAACUGAACCCAGUGAAAGAACUGAUGAGACUUUAUUUUAAUUAUAAAAUAUAAUUUAACAUGUUGUGACGAAGAUGAACUGAGAGGUCUCUGAAAUAAAAAGUGAUGACAAAUGAAA